AUGAAAAAUAUAUCGUUGGAUUUUACGCAUCAUAAAACAUCAGAUUUUUCAUUUAUUUCAUGGAAUUGGCCUCUUAUACGUAAAUCAUGUUUUUGGACCAUCGUUUCAAUCAUGAUUGCAUGUUUUUGCAUAUUGAUCGGCAUGCUGGCAACGGUGCCAAGAAGAUGUUUUCCAUCCCACAAAUGGUAUCACGGUACCGUUUUUUACGAAAUAUUUCCCGCGAGUUAUCAGGAUAGUAACGGGGAUGGUAUCGGGGAUUUGAGGGGUAUCGCUUCCCGUUCCGGAUAUUUAAAAAAACUCGGGAUUCAAGCCGUUCGUUUAAAUUCGAUAUUUCCAGCCGAUCAUUAUCCAGAAGAUUUUAAUAAAAUAAACAAUUUAACCGAUAUUGAAAAAUCAUUGGGUAAUUUUGAAGAUUUCGAAUAUUUAAUAAAUUCAUUUGGAAAUAAAAACAUUUCCGUCAUAUUGGAUUUUCCGUUGUUUCCUUUUGUUAAUCAUUUGGGAGAAAUGAAUUCUUCGAAAUUGUUAAAAAAUGAAUUCACCGAUAAAAAAGAAUAUUUAAAACCUUAUAUUGAUGGGGGGAUUGCCGGAUUGAUGAAAUCAAAUUCUGAUUAUUUAAAAUUAAAAUCACAAAACGUGAUUAAAGAAGCCAUUGAAUUUUGGUUUAAAAAAGGCGUUGAUGGUAUUUAUUUAAAGGAUUUGAUUCGUUACGUCGACGACGUGAAUUUCAUACAAGAAUUGAAAAUUUGGAAAAAUUUUCGAAAUCAAGGAUUUGAAAAAAUGUUAAUGUGCGAUUAUCAAGUUCUAGAAAACGUAAAAGAUGAAGAAAUUUACAUGACGAUAUUAUCUACCAUGGAUUUAUUAGACGUGUAUUUAGACGUAUCAAAUGGCACGUCGUUCAUUCAACAAGAAGUUGACAAAUAUCAAAAGAGUAAAAUUUAUAACCAACGAGAUUACCCAUGGAUCCACUGGAACAUUGGUAACAUUAAUUCGAAACGUCUCGCAAGCAGAGUCGAAAACAAUUUCGGUGCAAUUUUAUUUCAAUUUUUACUACCUGGUACCAUUUCAAUUUUUUACGGUGAUGAAAUAGGUUUAACGGAAAUACACGAUCCUCAUUUAGAUCACACGGAUAUUGAAUACGUUCAUCAUUUGGCACCAAUGAAAUGGCAACCAAACGGUACGGGUUUUACACGAUUCGAUUCACUACCCUGGUUGCCCUAUGCAAAAUCAGUUAGAACCAACAACAUUCACGAGGAAAUUCUAUCCAAUAUGACAUCUUUGAGAGCUGAUGCACCCAGCAUUUACAUGAAUUCAAUUUGGAAAGAAGAAGAAAGUUUAUCGAAUAGUGCUUUUAGAUUCGUAGAUAGAAACAUUAUCGUUCUAGAAAGGUCUUACCCUAGAAGAAACGCAUUCGUCGUUGUUUACAAUGCAGGUACAGACGAAGCACAUAACGAUUUAUCCAAUAUUUAUUAUCAGGGUGAAUUAUUGGAAGAUUCUAAGGGAAGAAGUGGGAUAAGCAUUAAUUUUAGUAAAAUGAAUUUAGGAAGUGGUGAAGCUAUUGUUGUUAAAUUGGAUAAAUAA